AUGACGGAACAUGUGAAACAUGGUCUAAAUCAGAGUUAUCCCGAUGUUCCAGAAGAGGCUCGAGUAUAUUUAAAACCAGGAGUAAAUGAAGAAGGAUACUGGACAGCCACACACCUUAUCAAGCAAGUCGAAUAUAAAGCCAUUUCUAUAUUUGAGGCUUUAUUCUCAAAUUGCAUUGCAGUAUUUGCAUUUAAUAAUAGUUCAAAUAAUUCCACAUUUGCAGCUGAUGCAUUAGUUGCAAAGAGAAUGAAUAUUAGACCUGGUAGAAAUGUACCAAAAAUGUGGGAUACUUUUUGA